AUUCAAAUUUAUUGAAUUUUCUUGAAAUUAUAACUGAAUUAAAAUUUUCAUUUUUAGAACCAAAAGUCCAACUAAUUCUUUCAAUAAUCUUUAAAGCUUAAAAUAAUUACAAAAUGAGUGCUACAGACAGAGACAGCGACUUUCAACCCAAUCCGGAUAUGCUAAAUUCAUUACUUUCUAUGGGAAUUGCAGAGAAUGUUGCAAAAGAAGCAUUAUUUUGCACUGGAAACAAAAUAGAUGAUGCAGUAAAUUUUAUCUUUAGUAACGAUGAUGGUGGUAUGCCAAAUAUACCUUCACAGCCAUCAGAAAUAAGUCAAGCAAAUGUGAAAGUUACAUCAGUAGAAGGAGAUGAUGAAGAAUGGGAAGAUGAAGACGUUCCCUAUCAAAAAAUGACAUUUGUAGUAAAUAUCUCACUAAAAAUGGGCACAGGAAAAAUAGCUGCCCAAGUAGGUCACGCUUGCUUAGGUUUAUAUAGACAAAUGUUGGGAGCAAAUCUUGAAGCAGAAUUAAGUCAGUGGGAAGAAGUUGGGGAGAAGAAAAUUGUUCUGAAGGGUAAUAGUGCAGACCAUCUUUUGGAGUUAUAUGAAAAGGCAAAAGCAGCAAAAGUGCCGGCGUACAUAGUGAGAGAUGCGGGUCACACUCAAAUUCCAAGUGGAUCAAUUACAGUUUUAAGUUUAUUUGGACCAGAGGAGGAUGUAAAUAAAAUAAGUGGAGAGUUAAGUUUGUUAUAAAAUUAAAAAAUACGGUAUAAUUUAUUCAGUGCACUUGUUCGUAUAAGAUUCAAUAACAUACCAGUGAUAUCUUUUCUUGGUAUCUUAGUAUGUUCAGGCAUUUUUUAGGCUUAAAAUAUUAAUGACUUACAAUAUGUUAUUAUUAUGUAUUAUACUGCUUUUUGGCCACCAGAUGGUUGUUAGUAUAUAUAAGCAUAAAAUAUGUAAUUUAUAAUAAUAAGAAUAUUUAACUGUAAUUAUUAUUGCUUUUACGAAAACAAAGUAAUUACUAAAUAAUUCCCAAUAAUACAUCUGUUAUGAGAG